AUGCUUCCGCCAAGUCACGCUUUCCUCGGUGUUCCACCACCGGAAUACACAGAAGACGGGCUUAUCCAAUGUAUUUUGGAGACAGACGUUGGGAUCUCUGAAUACGUUGGCCGAGACGUGCCCAAGAUUGAAGGGAUCAUCAAGCAGAGGCGCGUAUUCACUGACUUCUUGGUGUUCGAGGUAGACUUGGACGGGAACGUGAUACAUCUCAAGUCACUCGCCAAACCAGAGUCUUCCAAGAAGAAGGACGAAUCUGGGGCGGGAGAUGCUGCGCCGGAAGCAACACCAGCUCCUUCAGAACAGCUUAUUUCUGACUCCACAGACAAUGUAGUACCACUAUCACCUCAAACGAACGUUCAACAAACUACGGAGCCGCUUCCUGGCACUGAAGGUUCGGAGAACAGAACGGAUGAAACGACAAAACUUCAGGAACCUUCACCUGAUAAAGAGCCGUGGCCUGAACGGUUUGAUACAAGGCUUAGAGCUAUUCUGUCUGAAGAUGUCGUCUCCAAGGUGAAGGAGCUCUAUCUAGAAGGUCAGGAAUCGCCUCUCGUAAGCGACAGCGGCUGGAGAGAGCGACAAACAAAGGUAUCAGAAGCAAGUGGAGACGUUGAGGGCGAUGCCUCGUCAUCUGCAGCCGCAGAGCCUGUGCCAGAAGAGCCUUUGAAGCAAGGCAGAGGCAAGCGCGGGAGAGACCGCGGGUCUCGUGGCGGACGCGGUGGACGUGGCGGAAGAGGUGGCGGAAGGGGCGACAGGCCAAGCUGGAGGGAAGACACGCGCAAAGUGCUCACUGAUCCUAUCGCCUCCAAGGCCACACGUACUGAGCUGCACCAAGCGAUUCGUGAACUGUUUGGUGGAAAGCUCGACAGUGAGACUGAUUUGAGCACGCCUGCGACGGAUGAAGGAUCCAGGAUCGCUAUCAAGUGGACAAAGAGGGGAGGCGGACGUGGCGGGGGCCGAGGUGGGCGUCGAGGAGAGCGUCCCGAGCGAGGGACAUACCCUCCCUACAUCCACUUCACGCUCCAGAAGACCAACCGCGACACGCAGGAUGCCCUCGCGAACCUCUCUCGCGUGCUGCACUGCAGCAUCAAGGACCUCUCUGUCGCAGGCACCAAGGACAAGCGCGGUGUCACCGUGCAGCGCGUGUCCCUGCGUCGAGGAAAUAAGUCCGUCGAGGACAUCUGGAAUCUCGCGAAUAGCAUCGGGCGCCGCUCGGUCGAGGAUGUAUUGACCACGAGGGGCGAGCGCGGAAUUCGGGUGGCGGAUUUCAACUAUAGGAAGGCGAGCUUGGAGCUGGGCAUGUUGAAGGGGAAUGCGUUUGUUAUCACGCUUAGAAACGUACAGGUGGACUCUAUGGAGACCUUGGACCGCGCGAUGAACACUAUCAAGACGAAGGGCUUCAUUAAUUAUUAUGGCAUGCAGCGCUUCGGCACAGCGGCAAUCCCGACGCACUCGAUCGGUCUCGCACUUCUUAAAUCUGACUGGCACAGAGCAGUGUCGCUCAUCCUGCGCAAGAGGCCGGGUGAACAUCCUGACGUGGAAGCUGCGCGCGAUGCCUGGCUUGUCGAAGGCGACUUGGACAAGGCGCUGGAGCUCAUGCCGAGGCGUGUUGUCGCCGAGCGCUGUUUACUGGAAAGCUACAAAAAGCAAGGCGGCGAGACCAGGAAUGCGAUGGGAGCUCUGUCUACGAUUCCACGAAACUUGCGCUUGAUGUACGUGCAUGCGUACCAGUCAUACGUCUGGAACGCUAUUGUCUCCGAGCGGAUUAAGGUGCACGGCGCCGAGAGACCCGUUGUAGGAGACCUGGUGUUCGACACGGACGCUUCUGACAAAGCGGAGGAGGUGGACCCUGAGGCGUUGGACACUCUUGAUGCCGAGGUGCCGACGGAGGACAAGGACGCCGACAGCGCCGGGGCAAUUAAGCGCAGCAAAUGGUCUCGGAAGCCAUGGGAGCCGCCAAAGGUCAAGACGCUGACGGCAGAGAAUGUCGACAAAUACUCUAUUUUUGACGUGAUCAUGCCAUUGCCUGGGAGAGAUGUAGCGUACCCCGGGGGCGCGCUGGGAGAUCGUUACAGGGAGUUCCUGCGAACCGAUGGUCUGGAUCCAGACAAUUUCGUGCGCAAGCAAAAAGAGUACAGUCUCGCAGGCUCGUACCGCAAAAUCUUACAUCUGCCGACAGAACUUUCCUGGUCGGUCCUACGGUACACGGACCCGGAUGUCGCCCUCGCCCAGGCAGACGAAGACAAGCUGCUCGGAUUCGAUCCACCGCAGGUCGUGGAGGACGGCAAGUUUAUGGCGCUGCAGGUGCAGCUGACCCUUGGGACGGCGGCAUAUGCGACGAUGGCUCUGCGCGAGGUAACGAAGACGGAGACGAGCUCACGUUAUCAGACUGCGUUGACGCAGGCGUCGGAGGACCAGAAAUAUAAGGCAGCCGCUGAGGAUGAUUGA